AUGGAGAGAGACGAAAUUAUUUUCAACCGACAUUCACCGAUUUUAGCUAAAGAUAUAAAGGACGUACUCCUAAGGAGGUACGCUAUAUUCACAGGUGGCCAUGAUAAGGAAUUCCGCUCCCUUAUAAUUUUCCAAGAUCGCGGUCUAGAUGGAUUAGGUGAUGAUUCAUACAUUUUUCUUAUGCAGUAUUUUUCUUCAUUAUCAACCAGAAUGCUAACAUGUGUUCAGGAGUUUACUGUCGUUAUUGAUAGGCGUACUGGUAAUUGGACAGUUGUCAAGUCGAUUGUUGCCAGGCUGAAUGAAAAGUUCCCAGGAAACUUACAUCAAAUAUUUAUUAUCAAACCUCAAGGUUUUAUGCAAGGUUUUUUCUUGGAGAAAACAAUAAACUCAAUUCGUGAUGGCUGUAAAAUUCCGUUAAUUUUCGUCGACAAAACUGAAGAAUUGCUUCCUUUCAUAGAUCAACAACAUUUGACAAGUGACUUGGGCGGUGAACUUAAUUUCGACAUUGAAGACUGGCUUACUAACAGGAUAGAUAUUGAAGAAUACUUUGAAGAAGUUGAACAUUUAAACACUGAGUUGAAAAACAUCAUGAAUCAGUGUAUUAAUCAAAACUAUAAUCAACGACAGGAUUAUUAUUGCAAUCCAAAAUCAAGAACUUGCUAUUUAAACCAAUUUUAUAGUUGUGAAAAUAUGCUCGAAUUACGUAAAAAAUGUCAUCAUUGGUUACAUCGUGUUUCACACUGUGAAGUAAAAGGUUUGAAAAUACGUGAAAAUUUACUUAAGAAAAAUUCAAAUCAGUCAUGUACAACUAUACGAGAAGAAGACACUACAAUAAAAUGUGAUAUACCAUCGAAAACGGGGACAUGGGCUAAUACAAGUGAUGCAUAUGACUUACCAGUCGAUUAUGUCUUUCAUAUAAUUACUUUUGAUCGUAUACUCAUUAGGUUAACUGAGGCUCGUACUGAAUUAAGACGGUACUGGCGUGAAUACAUGAAACGAGUACGUGUUACAUUUCUGGUUGAUGAUGUUGAAAACCAAUAUUACGAAUUUACUAAUCUUGCCAGUACAUGGAAUAAUCUAAUUGAAUCUCUAGUUGAUUAUUUACCUGUUAAAAUGUCCAACUCCUCCACUUUACCUCCAGGACAUCAACAUUAUCAUAAUCAAUCAUUAAAAGAUGAUAAGGAGAACAGUUGCAUUCAUAAUAGUAAUAAUUCACCAUGUUCCCCUUCACAUUUCAUUAUACUUUCUGCAUUGAAAAAUGAUGAUGAUGAGACGGAUACAUCGUUAAGUAAAACAAUAUUGGAAAGUUUAGAAUUACUAUCUUGUCGUAUAUUGGAAGCGGAAGCCACUGGUAAUCGACUAUUAGCAAGAUUAAAAGAAUUAGAUAAGAUUGCAAGCAAUUUUGCUUUAUUUAUAAUUGAUAACGUGGAAGAAAAAGAAGGAGUGUUACUGAACAAUUCUAAUGAGAAAGACAAUCAUCAAGCUUCAUUUCUCUGUUGUGAUGUAAAUCGAUUGGUCAGUGCAAAUUUAGUCUCAAAUAUUAUUUGUCCAGAUUUGUCAAUAAAAUUAAAUGGAAGUAAUCAACAAAAUGAUGUUAACCUAAAUACCAGUUGCUUAUCUCUAUAUUCUGGAGAGGAAGAUGAAUCAUCUAAUCUUGUUAUGUCUGAUGAAAUUAAUCAUAGUUCUAAUGAAAAAACUGAUGAAUCCAUGCAACAAUAUUUUCUUCCUAUCAAAUUUCCUUCAAAUGUAAAAGAAUGGUCUUUGUUAUUUAAAAAUAUGAUUGAUUUAGCUAGUAUAGAUUUACCAAAAGCAGCUGAUCAAAUUAAUCGUUUGCUACAACUGUACACAGAAAUUGAUAAUGCUGCUUCAUGGAUUAAAGAAGGUCAUCAUUUAUUGAAGACAGUAACACCACCGAAUAAGCUCACUACAAUGAAUUUAGUGGAAUGUCGGUCACGUAUGGAUGAAUUGAUUACAUUUACUUCUUCACGUCAGAGUAGAUUAGAGUUACUUCGAAAUCCUAAACUGUUUCAUUCACGAUUAGUUGGAUUAUUAGACGCUGAUUUGAAGAGUCAUUUAAGUAAAUUAUUAAAACAAGUAGAAGAUUUAGCACAAAAUUGUAAUCUUGCUAUUGCUUCAAUUCGUCAACACAUUUCACGAACAAGUUUCCCAAGAAAUCAUCCCAACUCUAAAUCUUUUAAUAGUAGUACUAAUAGCAGUGGUAGUACUUUGACUAGUCCUGGGACAAAUUCACCCAUUCAAGAAGCUAUUGAAUCAGCAUCAUCAUCUUCAGAAGGUCUUAACAACCACAAUAACAAAGUUUCCAAUUCCAUUCAAGGCUCAAACUCAACUUCAUAUCAGCUAUCACAGUUAGAAUCUCCAACUUCAUUAUCAACUCCAGGUAAACGAUAUCAAUUAGCAUGGAAAGAACUGGUAGAUACAGAAAAAUCUUAUGUGAAUUUUCUACAACAUGUUUAUGAUGUAGUAUGGUUAAAUUCUGUUGAUAAUGCUAAUAAUGACGAACUGGGGACUCGUUUUCAUCCACAGCCAACAUUUAUGCGUGAUAAUCAAAAUCGUCUUUUGUGUAAUUGGCCGGAAUUAUUACGUUUCCACAGAGACGUAUUACUACCGCAUUUAAUAUUAUGCGAUGGAAAUUCAGGAAAAAUUAAAAACUGGGCAUCUCACAUGGUCCCAUAUCUGGUAGACUUAUACACAAUUUAUUGUUCGCUUCAUGAUUGUGCAGUUCAACUCGGUGCUGCCCUCGAAAAAGAUCGCAUUUAUUCUAGCUGGUUAACUGCAUGCAAUGAAGAGGUGUAUCGGAGAGAAAUGUCAAUAACAAAAAUGAAUGAUUCCGAAUCUUCUGUCCCACCUACUGAACUAAAUCGUCCCAUAUUACUGUUUAGUUCUCGUCUUGUGACACCUGUACAGCGUUUUCAACGAUAUCAUUUACUAUUGGAUAGACUUGUUCAACAUGAAACAAAUGAACUUGACCGCUGUGACCUACAGUCGGCCCAUAAAGCUAUUUUGGAAUUAUGUGAAACUGUGAAUAUUGCUAUGCAACUUCGUGGUUUAUCGGUUCGUCCAUCUGCAUUGGGUCCAUUUCUAUUGCAAGGAGAUUUUACGAUAUCUCGUGAUGAUGUACGAUUUAUGCCUAGCAAACAACGUCAUGUUUUCUUAUUUACUAAUGCUAUAUUACUCACUAAAUAUCGUACUUCACCCAAUUCAUUUAUACCUGUUUUGAUUAAUCCAAGUACAAUGAUAAAUUCUGCGAUUUCAAAUAUAUCACGAGAUCAUUCCAUUGAUUCAUAUGAAAAAUCUACAAAUACUUAUUCAGCAUACAAUCAAUCUAAUAAUGGAUUAGGUACGACAUCCAAUUUAUUGGCUUUCACUAAAUCACUUACGUCUAGCAGUGGAAACAGUAGUAAUAAUCUUACUUCAACUAAUAUUCCGACUUUUACUUAUCGUCCAUAUUAUGAGAUUAAACAAGAAUUAGAGCUUUCCAAAAUCGGUUUGACUCCUCAUUUCCAUGGGGACCGUCGUCGGUUUGCUAUAUGGACAGCUAAACGCGCAGUCACUUAUAUUUUUCAAUCAUCUGAUCCUGCGAUCAGAGAUGCAUGGGUUAAAGCUAUAAAUGAAUUAUUAAUGGUGCAAUUAAUUCGUGAUCGUUAUAAAGUUCUAAAUAAUACUGAUAUACAGAGUGCAAAAAUAUUAUAUACUGAACAACUCUCUUUCAACUCAAAUAUAUCUGAUCGUAGUAAAAGCUUACCAGUUAGUAGCAAAACGUUGCCACAUAAAAAUCAAACGGGAAAAGGAUCAGUUGUAUCAUUACCAUCUACUUUCCUUCACCUACUUCGCUUUGGUCACGUGGAUGGUAUCACUUAUAAGAAUUUAGGAUCAAAUCCCGGUUCUAGAAUUCCUGAAUUUGAUCGAUCCCAUUCAGUUACUACUGCUUCGCUGAAUUCCGAUACUUCAAAAGAGAAUAAUGAACAAGAUAGUAAUAUCGAGAUUAACAGUAAUGAACAGAUAAAAAAUGAAAUCGACGAUAAUGAUAUCGAUGAUGAUUGUCAACAUUUGAAUGUUAAGCAGUUUUCUAUUGGAAUAUAUUCUGUAUUAAAGGAUAUUGUUGAUAAAUUUCAUUUAGCAUUUUGUGACUUACAAUCAUCUCAAAAACAACUACAAGAUCAACUGAUUGCCUUAGAUCAAGCACUAGGUCGAUUAGCUAAAGCUCAAGAUAGUCCUCUGAAUCUAGAACCAUUUGUGCUGGUACUACAAGAAUAUAAACAACGAAUAUCAAAAGUACAUAAUUCUUUACGUAUUUCACAGGAUAGAGUUAUUCGUAUUCGUCAAAAUAUUCAGGCGAAAAAAAUCACCUAA